AUUCAAGCUUUGACUUCAAACAAACGUCUCCUUUUUGUCCCUCUCGGUGUUCCGUAGUGGCGGUUUCUACUUCUGCUGCUCGACGGAACCGAACCGCUCCACUAACUCUUCCGUUAUUUACCGAUCUCUCAAGGCGUCCGUCCCCAUGGAGGAGGUGACCCGCUUGGUGUCGACAGGAGACUGCGUGAAGGUCUGGGACGCGGUUGCCAUGGCUCCGCUGCAGCAGUUUAACCCCCACAGCAGCGGCCACCCCGUCGCUCAGGCCUGCUGGAGCUCCAACAACCAGUACCUGGUCAGCGCCAGCAGCAGCGGGGACAAGCUGGUGGUUUCCAGCCUCAAGGCCUCCCCGGUCCCAGUGGUGGAACUGGGCGACGGGAAGAAACAAACCAGUGUGUGUCUGAGCUCCUCCUCUCAGUUCCUGGUGAGCGGAGGUCUGGACCAGUGCGUUCACAUCUGGGAUCUGAAGACCAAGAGGCUGCACCGCUCCCUCAAGGACCACAAAGAGGAGGUGACCUGCGUGUCCUUCAAUGCUAACGACAGCUACGUGGCCUCCGGCUCCACCAGUGGAGAUCUGGUCCUUCACAGUCUGACCACCAACCUGUCCAGCAAGGCCUUCGGACACGGCAGCAACCAGCCCAUCCACGCCCUGAGGCUGUCGGCUCUGAGGCGCUCUCUGCUGGGCAGCGUCUCGGACAGCGGCACCGUGGUCCUCUGGGACUCCAACACCCAGAAGGAGCUGCACGUGUUCGAUGGCGCCCACAAGGCGCCGGGCUCCGGCCUCGCCUUCUCCCCCGCCAGCGAGCUGCUGGUGGUCAGCGUGGGCCUGGACAAAAAGAUUGUCUGCUACGACACAACCAGCAAGAUCGUCCUGAGGUCCAUCCGGGUUGACAGCCCGCUCACCUCGGUGGACUUCACGCCGGACGGCACCGGCCUGGUGGUGGGCUCCACCCAGGGAAAGAUCUACCAGUACGACCUGAGGAACUCCAGCGCCCCCACAAGGGUGACCGCGGCACACAAGACCUCAGUCACCUGCCUGCGCUUCCAGAGCAGCGCCAGCAGCAAGCUCAAGUCUAGUAAACUGGGCUCCACCAAGAUUGCCAAGAGACCAUCAAUCAAGCUGUCUAACAGCCAGACAGACUCUGCCCCUGCCACAGGCCCCUCCCCCCUGAGCCAGGUGAAGGUUACAGGGGACACCGGUUCAGAUCCCAUGUCCCGGGAGCUGGGGGCGGAGCCACAUCCUCUGGUGGAGAAGUUCGGCAGCGUCGGGCGAAACAGUCUGGACGUGUUCUCCCCCGUUCGGGAAGACUCACGGCCCCACGGGGUGACCGGAGACAUGCCGUUCGGACGGGCGCACGGUACAAUGGGGCGCCAAAAGGAGGCCGGUUCUGGUUUUGAAGGUCAGCAGGUGGUCGGUCGGGCCAGUCUGGACAUCUUCUCCCCGGUCAGAGAAGAUGUGAACUCCCUCCGUAAGACCCCCCUGGGAACACCGCUGAUGGGUGCCGCAGGACGCUGCUACAGCCCGCUGUCUAUCUUACAGACCCCGCCCCCAAUCAGAGAAGAGGAGCCAAUCCCUGCUGCUGCAGCCGAACCACGUGACUCCAGAAAGCAGUCCAACGACGCUAGCAGCUCCAGCCUGGAGGGAGAGGGACCGACCACGCCAACAGAACCUCAGCUGACCGAUCACAGCCAGCCAGCCCCGCCUUUUUUUACCCCAGAGGCGGGCCUCAGGAGAUCCAAUGGGAUUCAACCUCAGCUGAACUACGAGUGUCCUGUAGCGGGAGCUGGAGCCGUCCCCACUGCAGCUCUGUCGGACACUGUGUCCUCGUCUCUCUCCCAGAACAUUGCUGAGCUGGUGGGAAAAACUGGACCUGCUCCCCUCACGUCCCUUCAGAUCCACUUCAUCCAGAACAUGAUCCAUGAGACCGUGGAGGACUUCAGGGACGCCUGUCACAGAGACAUCAUCAACCUGCAGGUGGAGAUGGUCAGACAGUUCUACAUCCAGCUGAACGAGUUCCACGGCCUGAUCGAGAAGUACUCGGUCAACGAGUCUCUGGUGGAGGAGGUGGAACGGCUGAGGGAGGAGAACCGUCGGCUCCGGACCAACUACUGAGGCUCGGAUCCGGAGCAGAGACCUCAUGCGAUGUUGGUCUGAACGCCGACAGAGGCCCUCACAGGUGGACCUUCUCCAGACCGUGGUACAUCCGUCUGAGAGGUUGUUUAAAAAAGCACCAGGAGGUUUAUGACACUUUACUUCUGUGUGCCUGUAUCUGUUUUUAAUUUUGAACAUUUUGUCUGAAGAAUACAAAUAUUAUCAUAUUGAAAGUAAAUAAAACAACUUUGUGUGACUUUAA